AUGCGCCUACUUCUGCAGAAAUAUCUUGUCACGGAGAAGAAUCGUGUUGCACUUAGACCAUACAUACAUUCAAUACCUCAGAAAGGCAUUUUGAGAAAAGAGCGGGUAUUGUCUCCAAAUUCAUCUGUCGGUGUCCUAUUACAGGACAAAUUUGACAAAAUUGUGUGGUUGGGUGGAUGUGGUGGUGGGAUCCUAUUUUCUCCAAAGCCCUCAUCUUCGAUUUGCAAGAAAAGUGAAUGGAUUCACGAACCGAGCCUUCCAUGA